UAGCUGAAGUUUGAGAGGGAGAGUCCUCAGCCUUAUGGUCCUAGAGAGAGAAACUCCAAAAGAAUCCCACACAAGAAGCAAAAGCACCUCAAAUUUCAGCUCAAAUUCCACCAAAAUAGUUAAACAAAAAGGCCCAAAUUUUAAUUGUUUAUCUUCUCUACCUUCUCUUCAAAGAUCCAAUCUUCAAACAUAUACUUUCCAAUAAAAAUGCAAACUUCUUCUCCACACUUGUCGUCGCCAGUCGUACAUUUGAUGUCUCUUUGGCAUUCCCAAAAGCCGCUGCUUAAUCUGAUAAUAUGAGAUGGUUCAAAACCCCUAGCAUUUUCAGUUCAAAUAAUCACAACCUUCCUUACUACAACCCGAUUCGCGAAAACCUCGUAAACAACUCUGAAACGCCGAAAGAUGGUGUCCCCAACAAGCUCUUUCGACUACUUCGCAGGCUUAUGUCUGGAGGAAAAAUUGAUGGGGGAUCAAGGACUGAGGCAGAGGAGAAGCUCUACUCUUGGUUAUACGCCUUGGCGCAGUCCGACAAGGAUUUGGUUUUCGAGUAUGUUCGAUCCACUGAAAGGGGAUUGAGCUUUACUGAAGCUGAGCGGAGAUUGAAGGAAAAUGGCCCGAAUGUUCCUGUGGAUUAUUCUUUUCUGAGCUGGUGGCGUAUUUUGUGGAAUGCUUUCUUUCAUCCUUUUAAUAUCAUAUUGAUCGUCUUGUCUGUAAUCUCGUACAUAACCAGUGAUAGCCCGAAUGGAUGUAUCAUGCUUGUUUUGGUCUUCAUAAGUGUCUCCCUUCGAUUCUAUCAGGAAUAUGGCAGUUCAAAAGCGGCCAUGAAACUCUCAGAAUUCGUAAGGUGCCCGGUCAAAGUUCAAAGAUGUGCAGGUAGAGUUGUUCAGACCGAAUUAGUUGUACAAAUUGAUCAAAGAGAUGUCGUUCCUGGCGACAUUGUCAUUUUCGAACCUGGAGACCUCUUUCCUGGUGAUGUGAGGCUUCUGUCUACGAAACACCUUGUUGUAAGUCAGUCCUCAUUAACAGGAGAGUCCUGGACAACUGAGAAAACAGCUGAUAUCAGAGAAGAUUCGAGCACUCCAUUGCUAGAUUUACGGAAUAUUUGCUUCAUGGGAACAAAUGUAGUAUCGGGCGGUGGAGCUGGUCUAGUGGUGUCCACCGGAUCCAAGACGUACAUGAGCACCAUGUUUUCAAACAUAGGAAAGAAGAAACCACCAAAUGAAUUUGAGGAUGGUGUCCGCAAAAUAUCUUACGUUCUGGUUGCUGUUAUGCUUGUAGUAGUCACCAUCAUAGUUGUAACUGACUACACUACAUCUCAUGAUCUGACUGAGAGCAUCCUUUUCGGAGUCUCAGUGGCAAGUGCACUCACUCCUCAAAUGCUUCCUCUCAUUGUUAACACAAGUCUCGCGAAAGGAGCACUUGCUAUGGCCAAAGACAGAUGCAUAAUCAAAAGCUUAACUGCGAUACGGGACAUGGGAUCUAUGGAUAUCUUAUGCAUUGACAAGACCGGUACGCUCACCAUGAACCGUGCAAUAAUGGUUAAUCAUCUGGACAGCUGGGGGUUACAGAAGGAAAAGGUUUUACAGUUUGCUUUCCUCAACUCCUAUUUCAAGACCGACCAGAAGUAUCCCCUUGACGAUGCAAUUUUGGCACAUGUAUAUACCAAUGGAUACAAGUUCCAGCCUUCGAAAUGGAAGAAAAUAGAUGAGAUUCCUUUUGAUUUCAUAAGAAGAAGAGUAGCUAUUAUCAUGGAGAGAGAGGCAGAAGACAGAAGCCACCACAUUUCCGACAGAAUUGUGGUGACAAAAGGAGCUCUGGAAGAAGUGAUGAAAGUUUGUUCUUUUAUAGAGGAUGUUGACGGGGAAACGAAUAUAACUUUCUCUACAGAACACUAUCAGAGGAUUUUAAAUCUGACAGAAGAAAUUAGCUAUGAGGGACUCAGAGUUAUUGGGGUGGCAAUAAAGAGGCUGGGAACAGAAACGAAUUAUCAAUGCAGAGAUGAUGAUGAAACUUUUGAAUCAGACAUGGUUUUCCUCGGCCUCAUAACAUUCUUUGACCCACCCAAGGACUCAGCAAAGCAAGCUCUGUGGCGGUUGGCUGAGAAGGGAGUGAAAGCAAAGGUCUUGACAGGUGACUCGCUCGCCCUAUCAAUUAGAGUAUGCAAAGAAGUUGGUAUCAGAACCACCCAUGUAGUUACAGGGCCAGAGCUUGAGUUACUCGACCAAGAUUCCUUUCAUGAGACGGUUAAAAGAGCAACUGUACUAGCUCGACUCACCCCAACACAGAAACUCCGAGUUGUGCAGUCCCUGCAGACAGUUGGAAACCACACUGUUGGCUUCUUAGGAGAUGGAGUCAAUGACUCGCUUGCACUGGAUGCAGCCAAUGUUGGUAUAUCAAUUGAUUCAGGAGUAUCAGUUGCAAAAGACUUUGCUGACAUUAUAUUACUGGAGAAGGACCUCAAUGUCCUCACCGCUGGAGUUGAGCACGGUCGACUUACUUUUGGGAACACAAUGAAGUACAUAAAAAUGUCAGUAAUUGCCAAUCUAGGAAGCGUUCUCUCAAUUCUCAUAGCAACCUUGUGUCUCAAGUAUGAACCAUUGACUCCACGACAGCUUCUUACGCAGAACUUCUUGUAUAGUGUUGGGCAGAUCGCAAUUCCAUGGGACAAAAUGGAAGAAGAUUAUGUAAAUGUCCCACAAAAAUGGUCGAAGAAAGGCUUACCGAUGUUCAUUCUGUGGAAUGGUCCUGUGUGUACUCUCUUUGACGUAAGCACACUUAUGUUCCUUUGGUUCUAUUAUAAGGCUGACAGUCUGGAUGACAUUGUGUUCUUCCAUUCUGCUUGGUUCAUCGAAGGGCUUCUGAUGCAGACUCUGAUCAUCCACUUGAUCCGGACAGAGAAAAUUCCAUUCAUUCAGGAGAUUGCCUCAUGGCCUGUGCUUUGUUCCACGGUUCUGAUUUCCGCCAUCGGAAUUGCUAUUCCUUUCACACCAAUUGGGGAUGUGAUGGGAUUCGUUGAGCUUCCGCUAUCAUACUUUGGAUUUUUGGUGGUGCUUUUUGUAGGAUAUAUUUUCGUCGGCCAGGUGGUCAAGAGACUAUAUAUUAUGGUUUACAAAAGCUGGCUUUAACUAAUAGAAUGAGUUCAGCUGACAUUCAUUCGUUGCAUAAUAGUGUGAGAAAAGAGGAAUUAGGACAAAAAAAAUUUCCUAUAUAUUUUUGCAAAGGAUGUAAUACAUAUAGCCUCAAAGCUGUUACAAAUUCAUUGACAUUUUCUGUA